AUGUUAAUCUGGAUUUUAAAAGUUAAAUUUUCUAAAUUUCAAUAUUCGUCUGAUUUAUGCUUGACAAACAGCGUUGGAAACUAUUGGGAAUACUACGAUAAAACAAUGGCAUCUACAUCAUCUUCAGACAAUGCGUUAAUCAAUAUCAUCGUUGAAAUAUCUUCGAAAGGAAGUGAAAAGAAAAUCAAUCUAAACGAUAUUCCAUUGUCAAUCACAGUUGGUGAGUUGAAAAAACAAUUAAAGGUACAACCAAAUGCACGGUUUGGACGGUUAGACCAGUUUGAAAGUUGGGAUAAUCGACGAACAUUGUCGGACUAUUUUGUUAAAAAUGGAGAAUCAUUCAUGUGUGUUAUACAAUGCACCAUAGAAGAGGGACAAAGUUCUUUCGAUGAUUAUAAUGAAUGGUUAUUGGCUAACAACAAGCCAGCACAAUAG